GCGCUCCUCAGCUGCCGACAUCAGCACAGACGCGUUGUAUGGACAUAAGGGAGCGCGUCACUUCUCACUCUCAGUCCCGAGUCCUCUCCGGUGGUUCCCUGUGCUCGGUCAGCAUGGCUACGGCUGAAGCUGCCAUCCCCACCGGAACCACGGCUUUCCCAAGUGUCCACACCAUGGAGAGGAAACAUUUUGACAACCUGUGCAGAGAUGAGUGUGCGCGUCAACGUACGGCGACAGGUGGCGCACACCAGCCGCUGAUUGAGGUGGAGUUCAGCAUCGUGCACGCUCCCGCGCCGCCUCCCAAGGACGACGACGAGCUGGACCGGUUCCUGGACCUGGAGUUCAUCUUGUCCAACACCAUCCACUCUGACCAGGCGAGCAGCAGCAGCCCCUCUCCGCCUCAGCAGCAGCAGCAGUGUGCGUAUUCUCUCCCGGAGUCCCCGGAGAGCUGCGGCUCGGUGCCGGACAGCAGCGAGCACCCCUCCCCUCACCACCCCUCCCCUCACCUGGCCUCCUCGCACAGCUACUGCGGCACCGCCAGCUUCACCGGCUCCAGCCCGGUGCGCAGCCUCAUGGCGGAGCUCCUCACCCCCGAGAUGGGCUACCCGGGCGAGAGCUCCCCGGGCAAGGCGAGGGACGUGCGGGAGUACACCGAGCUGCGCGCUCUGAAUCCCGGCUCCAUCCACACGACGCCCGGGCACCAGCAUGCGGCCACGUCCCCGCCGCCGCCUCUUGGACUCAAAAUCAAAGACGAGCCCGUCAGCCAGUCCUGUAUGAUGAGUUCUGCUGGAGACUUCAUGGGACAGAUGUAUGAGAAGCACCAGUUACGCACCGUGCACCCAGCGGCGUUCACGCACCACCCCGCUGGGUUCGGCCCGCAGCCCAUGCACCCCCCUGCUCUCCAGGGCCACACAGACUGUCACAUGAACUCCACCCUGAGCUCCCAGCACCAACACCACCUCCACAACCAGUACAUGCACGCGCCUUACCAGCCGCACUACGCACACCAGGGCGCGCCGCCGUUCCAGGGACAGUACAACAUGCACAGGGAGCCGGUGCGCGGGCACCAGCAGCACCACCCGGCCUCCAUGCAGGGGAUGAUGCUCACCCCCCCCUCGUCGCCGUCCCUGGAGUUCUACGGGCAGGACGAGGUGGGAAGUAUCAAGCAGAAGCGAGGCCGCAGGUCGUGGGCCCGGAAACGCACCGCGACGCACGGCUGCGAGUUCCCCGGCUGCGGGAAGACCUACACCAAGAGCUCCCACCUGAAGGCCCACAUGCGGACACACACAGGUGAAAAGCCCUACCACUGUAACUGGGAAGGCUGUGGCUGGAAGUUUGCCAGGUCAGACGAGCUCACCCGUCACUUCAGGAAACACACUGGACACCGGCCCUUCCAGUGUCACAUGUGUGAACGGGCCUUCUCCCGCUCGGAUCACCUGGCUCUCCACAUGAAGAGGCACAUGUAGGCCACACUGACCAUAGAGACAUUUGAAAUCCAUCAUGGGAUCACAUGGUCAGAACAUCCCGGAGAAGUUUGCCGCUUUUUAUUGGACAACCAGUGAUCUGAAACUUCUUGCCUUCGUGCCUUGGCAGAGCAACCACAUCAAACAUGACAAAUGUAUCAAGGAACACUGGUGUUUUUUUACAUUUUAUGUGCAUAUAUGAAUAUCUUUUGCUAAGUUAUAGUAGUUUGGUAUUUAAGACAUUUCCUCACCUUGUCUUCUAAAUAACUUAUUGAUUUGUUGGUGAGUAUCCUGACGAGACUGUUAUCUGCUUCCCAAAGGGGACAAGUCACUGUGGGCAGGUCCCAUUGUACAUAUAUGUAAAUAGUAUUUUUGUAAUGUUUACAUAAGUCUACUCAAAUCAGGUCAGGGUUUUUUUUAAUGCUUUUUAUGAAAUAGUCUCUUUUUAGUACACAAAACAGAUUUAUAGCUCCACUAAGCAUUGUAGGCUUGUCCUACAUCUCUUUGGUUUUGUGAAGGUUUGCUUGAGCAAUUCCAAAAAUUCAGGUACUAAAAUUAUUUUUUAACAGUCAGUCACCCGCUAAUUCUAAAUUAUCUCUUAGCGAUGCAACGCUUUGUAUUUUGUGAUGGAAAAUUAGUUUUUCUUUUUAAGAAUGAAUAAUCCAUUUAAACGGUCAGUCUUCUGUACUUGAACAGAAUUGCCACUCGGAUGCAUCAUUCUCCAAGAAUGCUGUUGUUUUUAUGUACUUAAGGGCUAAAAAAUAAAAGUACUUUUACAAA